UUUUCAGUAGAUGGCGUUUGAACACGUGAUGCGAAUCAAUGAGAAUCAAAUACAUAUGGAUUCUAUUUUUCCGCAUAUUCCGUUUUUCUCUGUGUGUAACGCACAACACACCUAAGACAGAUUGUUGAGCCAGUUUAAACUUGCCUGUUAUAUCAUCUGUUCAAUUGUCAUUGAAAAAUUUGAAAAUAUUUUUACCAAAAACGAUCAUCAUUAACGUCUACUUUAUAUUAUAUUUGAUUGUUACAUAUAUUAAUAACAGACGCAGUGAUGAUUAGAGCAUCCAGAAGUGAUCACUAUAUUGUUUGGAUUGAUCUGGAGAUGACUGGGCUUGAUGUAGACAAAGAUCACAUAUUAGAAAUUGCCUGCCUCGUGACAGAUAAAAACUUAAAUGUUAUCAGCGAAGACUUGAACAUUGUAAUACAUCAGUCAGACAUAAUAUUAGAAAAUAUGAAUGAUUGGUGUAAAGAAAACCACACAAAGACGGGAUUAACACAAAACUCUCGUUCGAGUACAGUGUCAUUGGAAGAGGCUGAGAAGAUGGUACUUAACUUCUUAAAAAAAUAUACUCUUGAACGUUCAUGUCCAUUGGCUGGAAGUUCUGUGUAUAUGGAUCGUUUCUUUCUACACAAAUAUAUGCCAUUAGUUAAUGAAUACUUGCACUACAGGAUUAUUGAUGUUAGCACAGUUAAGGAAAUUGCUAGAAGAUGGAAUCCAGGAGUAUUAAACUCAAUGCCAAAAAAGAAACUAAAUCAUAGGGCUCUGGAUGAUAUAAAAGAGAGCAUUAAUGAGCUGAGGUAUUACAAAAAAAACUUUUUUAAGAUAACAACUUGGUAAUUUAAUGAAUGUAUUUAGGCUAUGUUUAAACAGUUUGCUAGCAGUUAUUGCAUCAUUUUAACAUUGUUCUAUAUCUAAGAAAUUGUAAAGGCAGAGUGACACAAUUGCUCUCACAGUACCUACGCCGAACAGUUUUAAUGUCAUAUUAAAAUUUAUACAGGGUAAUUUUAUUACGCAUUUAAUAUUAAUUUUAGUACUCUUGUUUAGGCGAUACACAAUAUUUAUGAUAAAUAUUACUAUGUAUUUUUGAUAUAUAGAUAUAAAAGAAAAAAAAUAUAAUUUUUAUAAAAAAAAAUACUUCAUAAAAUCUAUUCAAAAUAUUAAAAUAUAACCUACAUAUUUCGUGUAACAUUUAUAGUGAAUAAAAAAAUUAAUAUAGUAAUAUUUUAUACAUGAUUUAUCAAUUUUUUUACAUGAUAUUUUUGAUAAAUCUGUAUGGAUCUUUAUGUUUUCUCUUAGUCUAAGAUCAUAAGUCUUUUAUAAAUAUUGUGUAUUGUCUGGAUACAUUAAAAAUUAUGCUUAAUUGAUCAAAGUGAGUGAAAUAAGAAAGUCCAAUACAAUUUGAGUUAUAAUUUAUAAAUUUAAUAAAAAAUAAAAUUUGUAAAUCAUGAACGAGUGUGUAAACUUGUAAAUCGUGUAUGGAUAGAAAAUUGUUUUUUGUUUAAAAUAAAAUAAU